AGUGUGUGUUAAUGUGUGUGUGGGAGAGAGGGAGAGAAGAGUGGAGUUCAGUGUCAGUGACACACACCAUGUUGUUGGUGCUGUAGGGUCCGAGCGCAGGAGCCUCUUCAGGGCGCUCAGAGCUGGCAGAAGGCGGACACAGAGGUGAGAGAUGCGGGCGCAGCGUCUGAAGGAGGCGCGCUGUUGUGAUUCUCUUCAUCGUGAAGCUCACUCCUCCUCCUCCCGCUCCUCCUGUCGCUCCUGCUGCCGUUGCGCGCUCCGCGCUCCCCAUCGAUCCAUUUAACGGCUUCGCACCGGAUCAAUCAGUGGGACUAUGUGAGCACCAUGCUCGCGGUGAGAUGCCUGCUGUUCGCUGCAGCGUGUGCCACAGCUCUGCAGGGAGAGCUCCCUCUCGCAGACGAGGUCGUUCAGCCCAAGCGGCUCCUGCAUCAGAUCUACUCACAGGAGGAGCUGCUUCACAGCCGCCUGGACACCAGAGUCCGAAACCACAGCGCCGGAGAGCAGCCGGUCCAUCUGGCCCAGUGCAGCUUCCUGGUGAAGGCCUUUGGCACUUCUUUCAUCCUUGACCUGGAACUCAACCAUAAUCUCCUGUCUACAGAGUAUGUGGAGCGGCACUAUGAGGAUGAUGGGCAGCUGUCAGAAAGUAUGGGGGGAGAGCAUUGCUACUACCACGGGCAAGUGCGAGGGAUACACGGCUCCUGGGCCGCGCUGUCCACCUGCCAUGGCCUGCGUGGGAUGUUCUCCGAUGGGAACUUCUCUUAUGUGAUUGAGCCAGUUGGCCGUGGAGAGGAGCACAAUGACCACACUGUGCACCGCAUGCCAGGCAUUGACCUCUUCCAACCUCCAUGUCCAGGAUGCUCUGUGAACAGCACUCGGCCUGAGGAGCAGCCAGAUGGCCUCAGUGAAGGAGACGAGUGGUCUGAGGAUGGAAAGCCCGUCGCUGCAGGACGACUGAGACGCUCAAAGAGACAAGUGCGGCGAGGCCAGCGCACGGUCCAAACCGAGACCAAGUACAUCGAGCUGAUGGUGGUGAACGACCAUGAGCUGUUUGUGCAGCUCCGCCGCUCGACCACACAGACAAAGAACUUUGCCAAAGCAGUGGUGAACAUGGCCGACGCGAUCUACAAGGAGCAGCUCAACACUCGCAUCGUCCUGGUCUCCAUGGAAACCUGGUCGUCUGAAAACAGAAUCUCUGUCGGCGACGAUGCCCUGCUCACCCUGCGAGACUUCAUGAAGUACAGGAAGGAGAGCAUCAAGGAGCGCUGCGACGCUGUGCACCUCUUCUCUGGGAGGACAUUCAUGAGCAGCCGCAGUGAGGCCGCCUUCAUCGGGGGCAUCUGCUCACUCAGCAGGGGGGGAGGCAUUAAUGAGUUUGGCAGUGUGGGUCCCAUGGCCAUCACAUUGUGUCAGAGUCUUGGUCAGAACAUCGGCAUGCUGAGGAAUAAGGAGCGACCAGCUGCAGGAGACUGCAGGUGUCCAGAUCCCUGGCUGGGCUGCAUCAUGGAGGAUACAGGUUACUACCUGCCUCGGAAGUUUUCUCGCUGCAGUAUCGACGAGUACCUGCGCUUCCUCCAGCAGGGAGGAGGCAGCUGCCUCUUCAACAAGCCCAGCAAGCUCUUUGACCCACCAGAGUGUGGUAAUGGAUAUGUUGAGCUGGGAGAGGAGUGUGACUGUGGAUCACUAGUGGAUUGUGCUCGCAGUGGAGCCAACUGCUGUAAAAAGUGUACACUUACCCACAAUGCCAUGUGCAGUAACGGCCUCUGCUGCAGGGACUGUAAGUACGAGCUGAGAGGCGUGACGUGCCGAGAAACCGUUAAUGACUGUGACAUCCCUGAGACCUGCACAGGAGACUCCAGUCAGUGUCCUCAUAAUGUCCACAAACUGGACGGCUACACGUGCGAUGUUGGCCAGGGUCGUUGUUAUGGAGGUCGCUGUAAGACCAGAGACAGCCAGUGCAGGACUCUGUGGGGCUACAACUCGGCGGACAGGUUCUGCUAUGAGAAGCUGAACUCUGAGGGCACAGAGAAAGGAAACUGUGGCCCGGACUCCUCCGGUCAGGGAUGGAUGCCGUGCAACAAGCAAGACGUUCUGUGUGGUCUGCUGCUGUGCACUAAUCUGACAGAGAAGCCCAGGUUUGGCGAGCUGAUCGGGAAGCUCACGAGUCUGACUAUCCACCAUCAGAACAGAUACCUGGACUGCAGGGGAGGCCAUGCUGUACUGGAUGAUGGUUUAGACCUUGGCUACGUGGAGGACGGGACGCCAUGUGGGCCAAACAUGAUGUGCACGGAGCGCCGCUGCAGCGCCGUGAACACGUUCAACCUCAGCACCUGCCCGGGUUCAUCGUCCUCCCGUAUCUGCUCUCACCACGGGACAUGCAGUAAUGAGAUGAAGUGUAUCUGUGAUCCAGACUUCACCGGGAAAGACUGUAGCGUCUUUGACCCAAUCCCCAUCCCAACCGCACCAGACGGUCCAGAAAAGCACAAAGGUCCCAGUGGCACCAAUAUCAUAAUAGGUUCGGUUGCUGGUGCAAUUCUGGUGGCAGCCAUCAUCCUGGGGGGAACAGGCUGGGGAUUUAAAAACAUCCGAAGAGGAAGAUCUUCAUGAGUUUGACUGUUGAUCUGUCCUGUCUUCCUCACACUGUGUCCAGUCCACUCUGAGGAGACAAAAAAAAGACAUGUCUUCCACCUACUUUAUUUCCCCCUGUUUGGCUUUUCCUGCUGUUCUCUCUCUCUCUCUCUUCAGCUAAUGUUCUCUCCCUCUGAAAAAAGACUUUUUUGUUUGUUUUUAAAGUGUAGUACAGAAAACAGGAGACUUACACAAAUGUCCACAAACGUCCACGUUGCUGUGACCUGAAAGGACGUUUGUGUCCCGGACACAGAAGUGUCAUUAGUUCUUAGUUUUCUUUAACCACAGGUUACAGCUGAUCUUCUGCCAUAUCGACUGUUAUUGUUCUUUAGUGAUUUCACUGGAAAAGGCUAAUUGUACUCAGUGCCACAUUAUGAUAAGACCAACCUUAUAAAGGAUUUAUAUUGUAAUUAGUUAUUGUAAACAACCUUGUUCAUGUCGAACUAUAGUUAAGGAGAAACUAAACCGUUGACAAUUCAAGGUUUACAAAAAAAUAUAUAAAAUGCUUUGCAAAAGACAAUAUAAAGAAAAGAGACACGUCGAAAGAAAUUCAAUCCUUAAAUUAAUAUAAAUUAAACAGUGUAGUGUAAACAUAAUAUAAUAAGAAUUUGAUUUGAAGCAGUCCUGCAGUUGUUUUGGAGUUCUUUCUAGAUCCGUGGAGCAAAGAAACAUGUUCUGUUCUGUCAGGACGACCUCAUGCACCGCUGGAUUAUUCAUAAUAUUAUAGCAGCAAAUCAGAAAUGUGCUUUGUCCCUAAGCUGUUAAGCUGUCAGUUUUCACACAUGUGAUAUGGUCGUAUAAAGUACUGUUUAUAAACAGGAAGUGCGAACUAUUACUGUUUAUAUAUUUUACACAGAUGAUUGUAGCUUCAUACAUUUGAUCAGGCUCACAGGUAUAAUAUGGGCUCAAUAUUAUAGAAAGCAAUAAACCACGGUCAAAUGUGUAAUCACACCAUAUUCAUGAUUUAUAAAACUAUUUUUUACUCACCUUAACCAAGGUUGGAAUAAACGUAGGUGUCACACCAGCUCUCCAUGUCACCUGGUCGUGUCACUUCACACUGCACAACAUCAGGAAAAUAAGGCCUAACUUUACUCAGUGAGCCGCUCAAUCACUGCACUGUAAAAGAUCCUUUAACAACCUAAAAGAGCACAUGUCACUCUGCUGCUCAUCGACCUCCACUGCAGCCCAAAAGCUACUUCUUAGUUACUUAUGUGCCCACAGACUAUGAUGCAUAUGCUCCGUCUCGACCACUGCGUUUCUCUGUCCCAAUCUCAGUCCAGAUUGCUCUCAUUUGUGGUUCCAUGUUGGUGGAGCGAGCUCCUUAAUCUGCUAUCAGAGCCGCAGACUCUCUCUGCCCUUGAGAAAACUCAUCGCCUUCUCUCUAAAAUCCCUCACCACCACUAGUCUUACCACAUGUCUUUCCUCCUGAUGCUCUCUCACUGAGCUGCAGCUCUAAUUAAUUGUAGUUUUUAUAUUUAAUUAAUAUUUUCUAUUAACAUUGAAUGUUUCCUUUGACAUUUUAACCGUAGUACCUGUAUGUUGAUCACUUGUAUGUCAUUUUGGAGACAAACGUCUGCCAAGUGACUACAUUUCAAUAUUCUAUAAAGUACCUAAAAGGGAUACUUGAGUAAAAGUUCAAGUAUCUUUACCAGA